ACCAUUCUUACAACACGAAACCUUAAUCACCUCUCACCUUCUUCAUCUCUACCAUUAGACUUUACUCUUCAACAACAACCACCACUGUAACAACAAAUCACGACCACCUUAAACCAUUCACUCACAUAAAAAACCAUCAAACACAGUCAAAAUCAAAGAACAUAAAUCAGAACAAACAGAACAAGCAAGAAGAAGCAGAGGAAAGAAAAGAAGGAGAGGUUUCCGCCGCACACCGCCGCAACCACCUCCUCCGUCGCGAAUUCGCCGUGCACCACCGCAAACCACAGUUAAUUCGCCGUAUGAGGAUGAAGAUGAAGAAGGAGAGAGGGAAUGAAGUGUUUGUGCUUCAUUAUUAGAUAUCAUGGAUUUGCAAGAUCUAAAGGUUUGAAAAAACACUAGUUGUGUAAUUUGGAGAUGGAGAAAUCUAUGGGUGCCACAAAUGCAAAGGUAAUCAACCAUAUACCAGAAGAUCUUGCCUUCUCUAUCCUGUCAAAAUUGCCUCUAAAAUCUUUGAAGCGAUUUGGAUGCGUACGUAGAUCAUGGGCUCUCUUGUUUGAAAACCUUCAUUUCCUGAAUAUGUAUCGCAACUACUUCAUUUCUAAUAAUCAUUCUUAUUACGAUGGUACUUCUAUCCUCUUAAACCAGACAAAUAAUCCUUUGUCUGGAGAAGCAUUUCACUCUACGUUGUAUUUACUUUCCGGUGAGAGGUUUGAGAAUAUGGUCAAAUUGGAUUGGCCACCUCCAUUUCAUGAGGAUGAUAGUUUUAUUGAAAUUUUGAGUAAAACUAGUGUAAAUGGGACUCUUUGUCUUGCACAAAAGAAUGGAAUGGACCUAAAAUGUUUAUUUUGGAAUCCUACUACAGAUGAAUUCAAGAUCAUUCCAUCCAGCCCUUUCUUGUACCAAUCACCUUAUAUGGAACCUACAGUGAAUUUUAAUGGUUUUGGUUAUGAUCAUGUUAGAGAUGAUUAUAAGGUGCUUCGGUGGUUAUGUUUCUUUAACAUAACCGAUGUAGAAGUGCCAUGGGAGGACUAUUUAGAUGUCGACGCCAUGUGGGAGAUAUAUAGUCUAAGAAGUAAUUCUUGGACGAAACUUGAUAUUGAAAUGCCUACUAGUGCUUCAAAUGAGAAAUUGCAUGUGGAUGGUGUGUGUCAUUGGUGGAGUAUAAAUGAUGACAUAAAUUGUUAUGAUUCGCCACCACGCUUGGUAUCAUUUGACUUAUGCAAUGAGGUUUUCCUUACAACACAUCUGUCCUCAGACAUGAUUGAUCCUUUAAAUAUUUUGCAUUUGACAUUGUUAAAUGGGUUCAUUGCUUUCAUAAUAUAUGAUCAAACAACUACUUUUCACAUAAGAAUUUUGGGUGAGCUUGGUGUGAAAGAAUCAUGGACUAAAGUCUUCAUUCUUGAGCCCUUACCUUCCAUUGAACAUCCUAUUGGAGCAGGGCGGAAAGGUGAGAUAUUCUUUAGAAAAGAUGAUGAUGAACUAGUCUGGUUUGAUUUGAGUACCCAAAUGAUUGAAGAGCUUGGUGUUAAAGGACGCGAGCAUUGUUGCCAUAUAGUAAUUUAUAAGGAUAGUCUUCUCCCGAUCGGAGGUUUUUGACUUUGGUUAGAAGGAUUUUACCUUGUAUAGUCAAGUCACACACAGUAUACUUAAUAUUAAGUAUAAGACAAAUCUAGAAACUAUCUGAUAAUAUGGAUCUUACCUUGUUUACUCUUUAUUUUAAUAAUGAUAUUUUAGAUUUACAUAGUGGUCUUU